AUGGCUGCGAACCCGAUUCCAUCAAGUGGCAACCGCACUACCCUCGCGGACUCGGUGAAGCAUCUCCUCUCGUCAGGUCCAACCGCCAGUCUGCACCUCGGCGGCGUGGAAGCCUACUCCGAAGAGCGGCGACACCACACCGAAAUCUUGGGAUGGCACAACCUUCCGGAAGAGGCCAAGGCCCAGGCAUCCAUCAGCGAGGUAGAGUUCACAGCGCUCAGGACUGAGCACGGAACCAUCUCUGUUCGCGUCUUCUACCCCAAGAGCGGCGAACAAUAUAGGAAGAGCGGAGAUGCCGGGGCGUUGGUCUAUAUGCAUGGAGGUGGAUACACUGUCGGAUGUGUCGAUGACUUCGAGCAUGGACUUAGAACACUCGCUGAGGCGUCGGCUUGCCAGGUAUAUGCAGUCGAGUACCAUCUUGCACCCGAAUACCGUUAUCCCACGCAGCUGGACGAGUUCUCGGCAGUCAUUAACUGGCUCCAAGGACCGGAGGGGAAGAAGCGUGGUAUUCAUCCUGAUAGGGUUGCAGGCGGAGGUGACAGCGCUGGCGGAAACAUGACAGCUGCGUUGGCCUUGCGACGACGAGACGAGGGACUGAAGAAUAUGUGUGCACAGCUACUUGUGUAUCCGGAGGCCCGCUUGCCGUUUAAUACCAAGGCCUGCCAGGAGAACAAUUCGGGACUCUAUCUCGAGGCCAACGGGGUGUUUUCCUUUGCGGAUCACUACCUGCCGCGCGGUGUCCCCCCGGCGACCCCUUACGUGUCACCGGGAAUGCAGGACGUUCCUGCUCUGGAACGGCUCCCGCCUGCUCUGGUAUUUACGGCCGGUUUUGAUCCUUUGCGUGACGUGAGGGUCGAGUAUGCAAGCAAGCUACAGAAGGCCGGUAACUCGGUGCACUGGACGCAUCAUGCCGACCUUACCCAUGGUUUCCUGCAGUUCGGUCCUUGGAGUGAGGAUUGCUUGGACGCAACAAAGAAUAUGGGCAAGACUCUGGGAAGACUGGUUUACUCGGAUUAG